GACGAGGACGGCACAUUCCACGGCGACGCCGAUGUAUUGACACAUGACCCCCUCUGCCGUGCCCUCGACGAGGCGUGUUACGUGUGUCAGGGGCAGCUUUUGCCGGAGCCCACCGCCGUAGGUCUCUCCAUGCAUGUCUGUGACGUCCUAUUUGACGAGCUGUGCCGUGCGGCACUCUCAACUGCACUGUUUGUGGCCCUCAGCGAUCGCAUCGCGCUCCACGCAAUGAGUCGAGGGAAUUGCGUGGAGAAGCGUGUGCUGGAUUACUUCAUCUCUCCCCUGGCGGGGGGCAUGCUGUCCAGCCGUCGACGCGAACAGCAUCAGCAGAAGGACGGCCAGUUAACGUCUGUAGGGGCAUUAAACAAACGGAAGCGAUGCCGCAACGAGGAUAAAAGUGGCAGCUGCAGCGGCCAUGAAGAGAGCGCGGCUCAUGCUGCAGCGGAUGCGGAAACACGUGCUAUUCUCCUUCAGCUGGCGGAAUGCUGCAGGAAUUACUCCGUGGCGCGGCGAACCGUGCACUCGGUGCGUGUUAUGUUCACGGAAGGCGAGAUGGCGUUGCGGCAGGCAGCCAACCCCGAUGGGUACGAGGAGUUGACACGCGGGGAUCUGCGGCGCCGCAUUGAGCGGGAAGUUGCAGAAGUGGGGGAAACACGACACGCCGUUGUGGAGGAGCGCCGCAAUUUGCGUCGGUUGCGGCAACAGGAGAAGAAGCAGCUGCUACAGCGUCUCAAGAAGAAAAAGAAGGAGAAGAAGGGAAGUAUCGUUGCCUCUGCCGCUGCCGAUAAUGACGAGGACGAGGACGAGGCGGUGCAGCAAAAACUGGAAAAAAUGAAGAAAAAAACGAGAAGGCCGCAGCCACGCGACACCAAAAGGAAGAAACAUUACACCCUGACGAAGGAGGACCUCUACGGCGAUGAGUAA